UUUCAUCCCUUCACCAUGUGCCUCUAAAUGUCUGCAAACCCUUGGACAGCGAACACUUUUUACUUCUUUUAACUUUAUAGUGUUGCAGUGGCUUUAGGAAAGAUUGCACCUCUUUCUCUGGACACUGGAAACCAGCCCCUCCAUGGCUCUGCAGGUCUUGGGAAUCACUCUUUCAAUGAUCGGCUUCGCAGGAACCAUCAUCAUCUGCGCUCUGCCCAUGUGGAAGGUGACGGCCUUCAUCGGCACAAACAUUGUGGUGGCUCAGGUGUUCUGGGAGGGACUGUGGAUGACGUGCGUGUACGAGCGCAUUGGUCAGAUGCAGUGUAAACUCUACGACGCCCUGCUGGAUUUGGAUCCUUCCCUGCAGGCGGCACGCGGGCUGAUCGUGACCACCAUGGCUUUGGCCUGCUUGGCUUUCCUCAUCUUUCUGGUUGGGGCUGACUGCACGAACUGCCUCAGUAACCCACGAGCCAAAGCACGGAUCGUGGUGGUCUCUGGGAUCACCUUCAUGCUUUCUGGGCUGACCGCCGUGGUGCCCGUGUCCUGGACGGCCGACUCCAUCAUCAGAGACUUUCAUAAUCCCAUAGUGCAUGAAGCGCUGAAAAGGGAGAUGGGGGCGGCGCUCUAUGUGGGCUGGGUCACGGCGGGCUUUCUGUUCGUCGGUGGUGCGGUUCUCUGCACCAGCUGCCCACCAGAGCGCCACAACUACUCCCCGAGAUACACUUUAACCAAGACAGACACCCACAGUGGCUAUGCCAUAAAGAACUAUGUGUGAUAUACAGCACAUGCCAAUAAAUGGACACACUGAUCAAGUGCAAAAGCCUCAAAGAAUAUACUUAGCUUUUGUGCUAAAUUAGAAAAGUGGGGUUUUUAAGUGAUUACCAAACAAAAGAAAGAAAGAAAGAAAGAAAGAAGAAAUUGCGUUGUGAGUUUUGUGUAUGUCCGUAUAUUUGUUCUUCAAAUUCCUUUUUUAAAUACAUUUAAAACAUUAGAUUGCUCAGACUUACCGUAUGAAUAUUUUGUGAGUGAAUAUAUGUUUGUGUGUGUGGUUUCACAUACUGUUCAUUGUAGGGACUACAGUAAACAGAAUAUCAUAAAAACAACAGAAGCCAGUGGAAAGUCCCUAUUAAGAUACAAAAACAAAUGUGUUUGUGUUACUUUGUGUGUGUGUGUGAGAGAGAGAGAGAGACAGUUUAAUAAUGUGUUUAUUAAUGUUUUCUGUUUUGUAAGGCUUCAAACAAAUACUUUCGAGUAGUAAGGUUGUGUUAAAAAUAAUUCUCUUUUGUUGCAUUGUGUAAUUUCAUGCUCUUUUUUAUAUAAUAUCAUGAACAAGGCUCAAUGAAAACUAUUCUAUAAAUUAUUCCAUUAAAAUAAAGAAGACCAUGACUGUUACUAUUUGAAACUAUUAUCUCAAACAUUUUUGCUGAAUAUGUGACCCUGGAUCACAGAACCUGUCAUAGUUCACACAGGUAUAUUUGUAGCAAUAGCCAGCAAUACAUUGUAUGGGUCAAAUUUUUUUGUUUUUGUUUUUUAUGCCAAAAAAAUCAUUAGGAUAUUAAGAUCAUGUUCCAUUAAGAUAUUUUGUCAAUUUCCUGCUGUAAAAAUAUCAAAACUUUUUGAUUAGUAAUAUGCAUUGCUAAGAACUUUAUUUGGACAAAUUUAAAGGUGAUUUUCUCAAUAUUUAGAUUUUUUUUGCACCCUCAGAACAGUUGUAUCUCAGCCAAAUAUUGUACUAUCCUAACAAACCAUACAGUACAUUAAUGGAAAGCUUAUUUAUUCAGCAUAAAUCUUGAUUUAAAUGAUUCUUAUGACUGGUUUUGUAGUCCAGGGUCACAUAUUUCACAUUACAUUUAUCUACUAGUAAUAAAUUAAAGAGACAGAUCACACAGAUUUAAAACCUGUCAUCUUUUAAUCACUAUUGUUAUUCCAACCCUGUAAACCUUUAUUCUACAGAACACAAAAUAUGUUGAUAUUUAGAUAUUUAAGAUAUUUUUAAGAAUGUUAGGAGCACUAGAAUAUGAUUUGUUUAUGUUUUUCUUCUUCUUCUUUAAAUGCAUUGUUUUUUAAACAUCAUAAUUGUAUUUUUGUGUGAUAUGAUUAUGUGAUAUUCUUUUUAAUGUAGGUUGCCUCUUAAGAACUGGCCAGGGACUACAAAUGAAAAGAAUUGUUUUGUUUCUGUCAAUUAAUGAGUGCUGUCUUUGUAAAAUUAAUAA